GUAGACCAGAGAAACGCAGGACAUCUCCAGAAAGACCCCGAACCUACACGAACCCACGUUGUGGCGCUGCAUAUGUAACCCGCAGCACCUGUGACUGGACCGGGAAGGUUGCGGUUCGUGUGGACUCAGGAUGGACUCCGUCUCUUUUCCAGAAGAACCAACUGAGAGGAAAGUGUCGAUUGUCGGCUCGGAGCUGGUGGAUAACUACACUGUCUACAUCAUCGAGGUGACAGAUGGAGAACACAAAUGGACCACAAAGCAUCGGUACAGCGACUUCCAUGAACUCCAUGAGAAACUCACAGCGGAGAAUAAAGUGGAUAAACACCUGCUGCCUCCCAAGAAGAUCCUGGGGAAAAACUCCCGGAGUCUGGUGGAGCGGAGGCAGAAGGAUCUGGAAGUUUAUCUCCAAACCCUCCUGACGAGCUUUCCUACUGCAGCUCCCAAAGCGCUGUCCUGUUUCAUGCACUUUAACCUCUAUGAGAUAAAUGGAGUCACUGCAGCACUGGCAGAGGAGUUGUUUCACAAAGGUGAGCAGUUGUUGGUGGCCGGGGAGGUCUUCUGUCUCCGUCCUCUGCAGUUGUACUCUGUCAGCCAGCAGCUCCGAUUGGCCAAACCCACCUGCUGUACUGGAGACGCCAAAACAGACCUUGGCCACAUCCUGGACUUCACCUGUAGACUGCGGUACCUGAAGGUCACUGGCACCAGGGGCCCUGUGGGAACCAGUAACAUCCAGGAAAUCCGUCUCCCAUUUGACCUGUCUAUCUUUAGAUCACUGCUGCAUAUCGAGAUCAGCGAGUGCAGCUGGCAGCAGAUUGGAGGCUUUCCUUCUCUGCGGAGCAUCCUGGCCACACUCAGUAUCCAUCACUCCACGGACACCAUGAUGUCCAUACUAGUCCCAGAGGCAUCUGAGUUCUCCCAGUGGGAGGUGGAGGGGGGGGAGUCCUGCGGUCCCGUCACCGCCGUCAUCCCUCUGUGGAGCAACCUGACCACGCUGGACAUGAGCUACAACACCAUCUGCACCAUCGACAGCUCUGUGAAAGUGAUUCCUAAGGUGGAGUUUCUGGAUCUCAGCCACAACCUGCUGUCCUCCAUAGACAACCUGCAGCACCUGUAUAACCUGGUCCAUGUGGACCUGUCCUACAAUGAUCUGAGGGUCCUGGAGGGGGCGCACACACGCCUGGGCAACAUCAAAACCCUCAACCUGGCCGGCAACCAAUUGGACCGACUCACUGGUCUCAGUAAACUCUACUCACUCGUUAACCUGGACCUCAGCUCCAACCAGCUAGCUCAUUUGGAGGAGAUUGGAAGCAUUGGGUCACUGCCCUGCCUGGAGAAACUGAACCUGUCCAACAAUCCAGUCUGCAUCAUUCCAGACUACAGAACCAAAGUCCUGGCUCAGUUCUUGGACCGAGCCUCAGAGGUGUGUUUGGAUGGGAGAGUGACCACGGAGAAGGAGCUGGACACGGUGGAGGUGUUGAAAGCCAUUCAGAAAGCCAAAGAUGUCAAAAAGAAGAUGAACAACAGUGACAAGAAGAUCAGUGAGGAGACCAGGCCUCCUCACCUGACCCUCUCCUCCACCUGCUCCUCUUCUGCUGUUGCUCCUUCUGCUGUCACAUGCUCCUCCUCUCCUUCUUGUCAGGCCCAGCAGGUGUCCUCCUCCAGCCAAGAAGUAAACACCACAGAAAAAGAAGUUGUCUCACCCAGUAUCCUGCCCCCCAUGGACCCUGUACCCCCCCCAACCUGCUCAGUCACCAACCAACACCACCAGCUGCAGGUUCCCUCUGCUGCCUGUCUGUCUGCUAGCACAUCCAGUCCCCAACACACUUACUGUAACCCUGCAAGUACAACCAGGUGUAUCUGUAGUUGUGACAGAAGAGGAGAAGGAACAGAGAACUCCUUCAGCACCUCCUGCCCCAUCCUCCCCUCUCACCUCCUCUCAUUCUCCUCCUCUAACAAAGAGUUCAUUGUCCAGCUGUCCCGGCAUGUCGGCUCCAUCCUGAAGCAGCAGGAAGAGGAGGAGGAGGUGGUGUGGGAGGGGAGGAGGCGGAGUUCUGAGCCCACAGAGGUGGGGAGCUCCAGUCCCAGCUCAUGCCCCGGGGACGGGUACUUUGAGAUGGGCCUGGAUGACUCUUUGGAGGAGGCCUCGGUCUCCUCACACACCACCUCCACCUCUCUCCCUGCUCCUCUAGUGGACGCACAGGGCCAGGAGGCCCAGGAGAAGGUGUGUGAGGAGCAGAACGGGGUGCAGAUUAGCGGGGUCCUGUGGUGCCUCUGUGUUCGGGUGGAGAACAACAUGGAGCAGAGGGGGGGGUGUCUGGUUUUGACUGACAAAGUCCUGGGACUGUUUUACAUACCAGCUGACUCCACCUUGACCAAUGAGGACACAGAGAGGGAGUGGAGUCCAGGUCUAGAGGAGGUUCUCUCCAGCCUCCAGAAAGACCUCCUGGUCCCUUACACGGAGGUUGUCCUUUCAUCCAAGACCGACCUCCCUGACUCCUGCCUGGCUCUGGGAGUCCGGUCUGGAAGAGCUCACUGGUACCUCUUCUCUGACCCGCAGAACCUCAGAGAGACCCGAACACAACUCACAACUCUGCUCCAACUGAAGCUCACCGCGGCUCAUCAGGAGCCAACCCAGAAUCCUCUGCUCUUCACCCGCUCGCUGCUCAGUUCCUGGGAGCUGGAAGAGUGUCAGGGAGCACAGGGAGGUUAUCCCGCCCACCUCCUCCUCCUCACGUCCCCCUCCCCUGACCACCCCAGCCCACGACCAGACCUCAAACCCCUCCUGACUGACAUUUUCUCCCAGAAAAUGUCCUCAGACUCAGGAGAGAUGUUCAGUGUCCCCUCCCUCCUCUUCCUUACCGCCAGACAUCUCUGUGUGCUGAAGGUGGACUUCACUGCUCUGGCUGACAGUGAGAGGAGCCAGCCAGGCCCUAUUGCCUCCUCCUCCCCUCCUUCAUCCUCUCCAUCCUCUUCCUCCUGGGGGAAGGUAAUCCAUGUUCCUUUGGGUUCAGUGGCACUCCACCCCAGGAACAGAGCCCACCACAGCCAUCAUUUGUAUCAUGUGGUAGACCUCCUGCUGAGCCAGUGGAGUCUGCAGGCCAUCUUCCCUUUUGCCCAGCACCGGCUCUCCUUCCUGGAGGAGCUAAUGAAGAGGAGGGCCUUUCUGGAGGGCAUGAAGAUGCUGGCUCUGCCCCGCACGCUCAGCUGCUGUCUACAGCCAGCUCUCAAUGGAGCAAGAGACUGCUGCCCUGCCCCAUCCACUACUGUGCCGCCCAGUUCUGACCACAGCAACAGCAAACCACCGAGCUCCCACAGGAAGUCCCCUCUGCUCCAGAGGCUGGCGGAGGAGAACCAGCCAUCCCCCCACCUCUCACCCGGUCUCUCCCCGGCACUGAAGGUCCUGGCUGGGCUGAGAGGGGAGGAGCUGGCAGUCUACUUCCAGCAACACAUCGCACAGUCUGAGGGCGAGGAGGUAAGACAGGUUAUGUGGCUGUCUGUGGUUCUCUAUAAAUCUCCAGAGGUUGAGCUCACUUCCUGUCUGCUGCUCUCCACUAAUGCCAUCUACUUCCUGUUGGAAGACUCCGCCUCCUCUCUCAGCCAUCACACCUUGUGUGACAUAUCAGAGCCUGUGGAGUCGGAGGUGUGUCCAUGUUGCUGUGUGUCCAUCAGGCUGUGUGACCUGCAGUCGGUCAACGUGGGACUGUUUGACCAGUUCUUCAGGCUUGUAGGUAAGACAGCUGAACAGAUAGUGUGCUGUGUGAACCGGGACAGUUAUGGGACUGCAGCUUUCCUGCAGGAGUUGAUGGCGGCCCUCAGCCUGCAGGUGGCGCAGCCUCCUCCACAGCCCUCUGAACAAGACUUCUACUCCCACUUCUCCAGCAAAGGAACAGGUAAAAUCCAGAACUAUGAGUUGAUCCACAGCAGCAAGGUGAAGUUUAUUUACCCUAGUGAGGAGGAGAUGGGAGACCUGACCUUCAUCGUUGCAGAGAGGAGGACUCUCACUAAUUUAGCCUCUUCAUCCUCACAUUCCGUGAACAUCCUGCUCUACCUGCUGGUCUUCCAGGUCCAGACAGCCAGCAACUCGUCAACCUCCGCCCCCUCUCCUGUUCUGCAGCCCAGAACUCUGAUCCUGACCAGCACUGACAUCUUUCUAUUAGACGAGGACUAUGUCAGUUACCCGCUACCAGACUUUGCCAAGGAACCUCCUUCCAGGGAGCGGUACCAGCUGCGGGAGACUCGGAGGAUCCGGGAUGUGGACCGGGUCCUGUUGGGGUACCAGACGUACCCUCAGGCUUUGACCCUCGUCUUUGACGACCUGCCUGGCCCAGACCUGUUGUGCCACCUCACCAUGGACCACUUCACGGCAGCGGGGGGCUCCCAGAGCACAUGGGUUGCUGGGGCUGGGGCGGAAGGGGAGGUCCAGUGGUGUAUUUUUGUCCCAGGAGCCGACAGCAGGGAGAGGCUCAUCUGUCUCCUCGCCCGCCAGUGGGAGGCGCUCUGCAGCCGUGAACUACCUGUAGAACUCACUGGCUGAUUGUCAGACUGAGGAUGAUUGACAGGUCAACUUGAAGCUUGUUUGGCCAACUAGAUUUGACUGCAAGUCCAGGCUGGAUGGACCUGGGUUGGUUCACAUGCAGUCUUCCUGCCUGAUCGGCUGACUGGAGUUGUGUGAUGUGGGAACUCGGCGCUGUGUUGGCUGACGGCUGUUCAAGCCCUCCUGCUGAUCUACUGCAGCAAAGCUCAACACAACAGGAUCUCUACAAUGAAGAAGACACAAAUGAGCAAACCAACAAAAGCACAGAGACAAACCUGUUGUCGCGGACAGACAGACAGACAGACAGACAGACGGACAGAGAUUACUUAUCAUUGAUACCAGGGGAGACUCACACAGUCCAUAUUUUCUUCUUCGGCUUCUGAGACGCAGAACAAACACAUACAUACACACUGCUGCUAGGCACUGUGCUUCCUGUACCACGUUAGUUAAGCAGUGUAACUGCAGUAGUACUGCUGUAUUACUACACUAUUGUUACAGUAUAAGUGCCCUGUUGAUAUAUUACAACUAUAGUUCUGCCACAGUAUUACCACAGUGUUGUUGUAGCAGUAUUACUGCAGCACUACAAUAGUGUUACUACAGUGCUACUGCAGGGUCACUAUACUACUACUACUACAGUGUUAGUGCAUUAUUGAUGCAGUACAUCUGGACUGAUGUAUUAGACAUUUACGAUUCUGGUAAUUAUUGUGAUUUGUUUUGGACUGAGGAUGAUUUCCAUCCUGAAGCUACUUUUGUAUUAUUGAAUUAUUAUUGUUAUUAUAAUUAUUAUGAGGUGUUACUGAUGAGGAUUAUUUUCAUAUUAUAUUUUAUCUUAACGUGUUGGACUUUUCAGAAUUUAUUACUGAACAAACUGAAGACCAACAGUGUUGGAAACUGACCGAUGGCCUUUGUUGUUUUGUUAUUAAAGAGGAAACCACUGAGUCACACAGGUCACACCGCUUCCGGAGCCUUCUGUCACCACGACAGGUCCCGUCGUCCUGUCUGAGAGCACAACUCUCUGGUGAUUGUCAUGCUUUAUUUAUGCACUGGAGCAUUAUGGGUAAAAUGGCACAAAUGUAAUGGCUUCACGUGUGUAUUAUUUAACCAUCACAACAAUAAACACGCAGUA